UCCGCUGAUGGCGCCCCGAAUCCGGCCCUAGCCUUCUUUUCCAAGGAAAACUUUCCUGCCGUUCCCCUCUCCCCGCAGAGGAGAGGAUUAAAAGUUCCAAGAACUGGUGCCGCCCGUGCCUCGCGGGCGCUGGGACGCGUUUGCCGGCGGGGCCCCAGUCGCACCAUGUGCACCAACAUAGUUUACGAGUGGCUGAAAGCGCUGCAGCUCCCGCAGUACGCGGAGUCCUUCGUGGACAACGGCUACGAUGACCUGGAGGUGUGCAAGCAGAUCGGGGACCCGGACCUGGACGCCAUCGGGGUGCUGGCGCCCGCGCACCGCCGCCGCAUCCUGGAGGCCGUGCGCCGGCUGCGGGAGCAGGACGCCGCCGCCGCCGGCCUCUACUUCACGCUGGAGCCGCAGCCCGCGCCGCCCGCGCCGCCCGCCGCGGCCCUCCCCACCGGCCGCCGGGGGGAGCCGUGCGGCGGCCCGGCCCAGGGCACCCGCGGGGACCCCCGCGGCCACACGGCCGUCCCCCGCGGCAGGGAGCUGGUGAGCUACCCCAAGCUGAAGCUGAAGAUCAUGAUCAGGGACAAGCUGGUCCGCGACAGCAUCCACCUGAGCAAGCCCCCGUACUCCCGCAAGGUCCCCAUGGCUGGCAUCCUAGAGUACUUAAUGAAUUGGCCGAAGUCAUCACAGAACCGCUAGAUACCAUUUUUGAAACUCGUGGAGGACUGAUGAGGUGGUGCCUGACGACUGGAAAAGGGCAUAUUUAGAACCUUCUUUCAAAAAGGGAAAAGGAUGGUGACCCUGGAAACAUUCAUCAGCUUAACUUUUGCUUGGAAAAUUCUGGAAUAAUCAGUACACUGGGUAACUAACUUACAAUAGCUAGAAAUGAGACCCUGAAAUAUCACACGUGAAGAAGUACCGAGCUCAUUUUUAAAGGACACGUCAUUGUGAGAUACAGUCUUAUGCAUAUUGUAGGAUUCUUCCCUCUAUUCUCUGAGUUCUUGAUGAAAAUAAAUGAGGUAGGCUAA